UUAAACACUGUACGCCCGACAGCCAUAUAUCGCGCUUUCGAUCGGAACGGCGGGUGAAACUGCUUCAAGGUUAAACUAGUUAAGUUCGCUACUUAAUUCGCAUAUCUUGCUUAUCCCGUGCAUAACAACAAAAAGGAUAUACCAUGUGGACAUAUACUGCGCUACUCGUGGUCACCAUGGUCAUGACCGGAAGUGGGGAGGACGUAGAGGUGAGCCAAUCUGGAGUGACCACCAAGGUCCUCGGAAGGUCUGGCAAGAUCACCCUCACUAAAGAUGACAGUUCAGUGACUGUUGAGUUUGACAAUCUGAAAGAGAAGCUGGCGGACGGUUCUGACAUUAAGGACAAUAGCCACAAAUUCAACAACUUUGCCAGCCAAGAUUUUACCUUCUCGGCCGUUACCGAUGUCGACUACCCGGAUACGGAAAUUGGAACCAAGAAGGUUACCUUUACCGCAACGCUGUCAAACUCGGCGACAUUUCAGAUCGAAAUGUACUUCUUUAAUGAAGAUGGAAACGUAACAGUUGGCGACGAAACUAGUUCAGUGAAAGAGGGCGACGUCAAAUUCAACACGAAGGUGAAUGGAUGGACGUUCUGCGAUGGAACGAAUGCGUGCCAGCAGAGCGAGACUGGAGCGUUUCUAGAUUUUGACAUCGUCAUUAAGGGGAAAAAUGAUAAAGGCGAAAAAACGAGUGAGUCUGGCAAACCCGACAAGCUUUCUGUUGGUAACGCUGACGUAUAUUUGUCAAACAAGAUUACAAAAGACAACCAAAUCGUCGACAUGGCGGACGGUUUCCCUAAGGUAUUCACUCAGGGAAGCAAGCAGAUCAUACGUUUCCGGUUCCCAAUGUUUACCGGAAGUAUCUUCUACGACCCACAGAUUCACAUGGGUGGAGCCGGAAGUCUGGUCGCGUCCAUGGCGCUCAUUAUUGUUGCAACAGUUGCAGCCGUGUGCAGAAUCAUUUAAACAACUAGCAAACAUGCUGUAGGUUGGGGGUUUUUUUUGCCUUCACUGCUUUACAACAACCUGGGACGACCAGAUCCUACUAUUUAUAUAAAACGUCGUAGAUUAUAUGUCUAUGUAUUAAUAUUGCUUAAAACCCGCUAUAAACAGGGAGGUGACGUAUUUUACUUUUCUGCAAUCAUUGAGUGAGCAAUAUGUUCGGUUGUUAUCAAUAUGUCGGUUUUAUUUUAAAAAAGUACCGAUUCUGGAACAAUGUAUGCGUCCAGUAUGUGGCGAAAGGCAUAUUCUUCAAACGAUAUUUUUUACCCAACCCCCUUUGUUUGUUGCAAGUUACGCCCCCCCCCCCCCUUCCCUCUGUAUAAAUAUGCAAGCGUAAUUGCAAAACAUGUUCCCGGUAUAACACUUGUAACUGCAAAUAAGGUAUGUCCAAGUCCUUAUCACGAAUAUUAUUUUGUAAAGGAUUGAUAGGCAGCAUUGUGUUGAUGUCUAAAUGUUUGAAAAAUAUGAAUCAGAAAACUCACUAAAUCUGUUUUGCAUCAUUGUUCCCAAAACUGUUAUUCAUUCAAGAAGAACUACAACUCUCUACAUUUCUUUACAAUUCGCAGGAAUCAUGGGCCUUUACUUCAGAUUUUUACGAUAAUUUAUUAAUUGUUUUUUUUUUUAUCAAGAGGUUUAUUUAAUGUAAUGCUGUUAUACAUAUCCACAUUGUAUUUAAAGUAAACAGUUUGUAAUGUAACAUUUAAUUCGGCCAUCCUUUGAUGCACGUACUCACUCCAUUAUUCUUUUUGUGUUAAUAUGAUUAUAUACUAUAGAAUGUGAAAGUGUAUGAUAUAAUAAUUUCAUAAUAAUACUUGUUAUUCGA